AACGUUUUGGGGUCAGCGCGAUUCAGUCGUCCAACUUUGUGACUUGGGAUGCAGCGCAGCCACGACGCGAGCGGCGAGAGCGACGUGGUCCCCAAGAAGCCGCGCUUGAGCGCGAUACGGUCGCUCUCGAUCCAGCACAACGCGACGCGGCUCCUCGAUGGGCUCUUGUACAUUGGCGGCAACGACUGCGUCAACGACUUGGACGUGCUCGGUACCAUGGACAUCUCGCACGUUGUCAACUGCACGCGCGAGACGCCUAACUACUUUCCAGACCGCGUCGAGUACUUGCGUGUGCCCAUCACGGACGAGCCCGAGAUGGAGAUUGACAUGUACUUCGACGACGCCUGCGCGUUCAUCCACAAGGCUGUCGAGAACCACAUGGCCUGCAUGGUGCACUGUUCGCAUGGCAUGAGCCGCAGCGCCACGAUCGUCCUCGCCUACCUCGUCAAGAUCCGCAAGAUGCGCCUCCUCGAUGCACUGCAGUACCUCCGAUCGCUGCGGCGCGUCGUGUCGCCCAACAUUGGUUUUAUGCAGCGCCUCCUUGAGCUCGAGAUGGCUGUCCACGACGCCAACUCGCUCGACCUCCAAGCGUACACGAAAGACCGGUUCGCACCAAUUCCCGACUUGGCCCUCAACCCUGCCCACAGCGCGUGAUGAAUUGCCGCUUUUGUGUAUGCUUAUAUUGUCGUUGAGAACGAUCGUAUUUUCCACAUUUUUUCCUAUUGUAAAUUGUACCUUUUCUUG